AUGUAAAUAUUUUGUACCUAAGUUGAUCAUCAGCAAUUCUAAAUAAUAGGAAUUUGUACAGACAAUAAAUGCCAACAUUAAAAACCUUUUUGUCAUUAUUGUUUACCAAAACAUGCUGAUCAUAUUAGUAAAUUAUUACCUAAAGAAAAAAUGCAAGAAUGGAUCAAUCAAAAAAGUGAAAUAGUUUCUAAUAUAUAUAAGUAAAUUUAAGAAUGUAAAUUAUCAUUUGAAUGUAUCAUAAAUAAGCUGCAAAUAUAUUUAAAUAUAAAUAUUGAAAAGUUAGGACUUUCUUAAUUUGAUAAACUAAUAACCAAUCUAUGUUAAAUUGAGAAAAUUGAGCUAGGAUAUUUUAAAGAAAUAAAAUAAUUAUUAGAAUAAAUAAAAUCUAUUACCUUCAAAAUCUUUAACAAUAUAAAAGUUCAAGAAGAAAAAAAUAUAAAUCAAACUUAAAUUUAAAUAAAUCCAACAUUUGAAAUUAUAACUAAAUAAAAAUAUAAUGAAGGAUGUCGUGCAAUUGCUUUUAAUAAAGAUGAUUCCAUAGUAGUGGCUGGUUGUGAUAAAAAGAUAAAGGUAUUUGAAAAUAAAUAAGGAUAUUUGAAUUAAUUAUAAAUUUUGAGUGAACAUAAAGAUAAUGUAGUAACUUUAAAUUUUAUGAUGAAAUCUGAUCAUUUUGUUUCAGGAAGUUAUAGUUCUGAAAUUAUUAUUUGGUAUUUAAAUUAGGAAAAUUAAUGGGCCUGCAAAUAAAAUUUAAAUGGACAUUCUAAUGCUAUUUAUUGUGUAUUAUUAAAUAGUAAUGAAGACUAAAUAAUAUCAGGUAGUAAAGAUACUACAAUUAAAUUUUGGGUGAAAUAAAAGAAUUGGUAAUGUGAAGAAACUAUAGAAGAUAUUAAUCAUCAAAUAUAUUCAUUAAGUUUAAAUGAAAAAUUUAAUUAAUUAAUUGUUAGUUCAUAAGAUUAGUUUCUAUAUGUAUUAUAAUAGUCUGAGGUAGAUAAUAAGUGGAAAAUUAAUUAAAAAAUAAAAAUAGAUUCUCAUGGUACAAGAUUAUGUUUUAUUAAUGAUUAUCAAUUUGUGUUUUAACCUUAUUGCAAAGAAUAUAUGGAAAUGUAUGACAUGAAUAUAAAUACUUAGAACUUUGAAAGAUCUUAAUAUAUUCCUGUAUAAUGUGGUUCAAAUGAUGACUCUUCUUUUGUUUAAUUAUAGUAUUUAUAAUCAAAAGGACUUUUAGUCAAUAAAAAUGGAAAAUUUGUUAAUAUAUUAAGGAAAAAGGAAAAUAAUAAUUUUGAGAAGGAACUAGCUAUUUAAUUUGAUACUGAAGUUAGUUUUGGAAGACUUAGUUAAGACGGAAAUUUUUUAAUUAGUUGGGACAAUAAAUAAAAUGAAUUAAUAGUCAGAAAAUUUUAGGAACAAAAAUGA